UACUUCAGAGGCUGAGCCACUUUCAGGUGUAUAUGUUUGUACGGCGGGGGAGGGGAGCAUAAUCUGCAUUUGGAGAGCUGGGCGCAACCCAGGAUCCGGGAGGUGAAGCUUGAAUGAGGAAAAACCCUGGAGCGCGAAGAAACCUUUGGGACCGUCUGCAACCUUCGUGUAAAAGGAGAUCCCACAUCUGACAGCCACCCCCUUCUGCCCUCCACCAGCCAAAAAAAUAAAACCAGCAACAUGCAGCUGAACGGCGGAUCCGGGGAGCGCGGUAUCGGUGCGCAAGUCAGCGGAGGUUUAGCCCGCCAGGGCUGGCCUUAAAUCAAGCACCAAUGCAGCCGCAGAGGACAUCGGCGGUGCCGACCACAGCCAACGGUGUCCCGGGCCCGGAAGAGGCAUCGGCAGAGGUCCGGGAGGAGCAGAGACCAGCGAAGCAGUCACUGAGUACCUCUGUGUGCAGGGAGUCACACUGGAAGUGCCUGAUCCUCUCGCUGCUGAUGUACGGCUGCCUGGGGGCCGUGGCCUGGUGCCAGUUAACGCGGGUCACCAAACUCAGCUUCGACAGCUCCCUGAAGGGCAAGUCCAUGAUCUACCAUGACAGCCCCUGCUCCAACGGGUACGUGUACAUCCCCCUGGCUUUCCUGGCCAUGCUCUACAUGGUCUACCUGGUGGAGUGCUGGCACUGCCACGCCCGCAGCGAGCUGCAGUACAAGGCGGACAUCGACAGCGUGUACGAGCGCAUCGGCCGCAUGCAGCGGGCCACCCCUUGCAUCUGGUGGAAGGCGAUCAGCUACCAUUUCGUGCGGCGGACCCGCCAGGUGACCCGCUACCGCAACGGCGACGCCUACACCACCACGCAGGUGUACCAUGAGCGGGUCAACACGCAUGUGGCCGAGGCCGAGUUCGAGUACGGCCGCUGCGGCGUCCGCGACGUCUCCAAGCGGCUGCUGGGCCUGGAGCGCCACCCGGCCACCCGCCUGCGCUUCACCAAGUGCUUCAGCUUCGCCAAUACCGAGUCGGAGAACUGUUACCUCAACCAGCGGGCGCACUUCUUCAGCGAGGUGGAGGGGCUGGACGACUACAUGGAGGCCCGCGAAGGCAUGCAGCUGAAGAACGUGGAGUUCAAGGACUACCUGCUGGUGUACGCUCACCCCGACCGCCUGCCCUGGUACAUCUCACACUACGCCUUCUGGGCGGCCGGCCUGCUGCUGCUGUCGUGGCCGCUGCGGGUGUUGGUCGAGUACCGCACGGCCUACGUCCACUACCACGUGGAGAAGCUGUUCGGCCUGGAGUACGCGGCGGCGACGACGGCCGCCACGCCGAGCGAGGAUGCGGGCCUGUGCUCGCCGGCCGCCCGGGUGGGCACUGUGGACAGCACCGAGCUGGAGUGGCACAUCCGCAGCAACCGCCAGCUCAUCCCCAGCUACUCGGAGGCCGUGCUGAUGGACCUGGCCUCACUCUCCAUCUGCAACGGCUACUCCACCUGCGGCAUCGUGCGCUCCGGCGACUGCGACGGCCGCUCCAGCUCCUCCUCCAUCUUCUCCCGCAACGUGGGCCGCAGCCACUCCCGCUUCUCGCUCGACACCAGCCGCUUCUCGCUGUGCCGGCUGCACGGGUCCGGCCGCACCGGCCUGUGGCGGAGCCGCAGCAGCAACAUCAACAUCAACAUCGACGAGCGCGGCCGCGACGACCACUGCCGAUCCUACUCCAGCCAGCUGGCCAUUAGCGACAGCCCGCCCAACUACCACGACGCCCGCUUCUUCCCGGUGCUCAUCGUCCACCGGCCCUGCCAGGGCCGAGAGGGAGACGGGCGCAGGUACUACAUCCGACGGAACUCCUGCCUGGAAACAUCCUUGUGACCCACCCUUCUCCCUUCCUCCUCUGAGCUGUCACCCACUUCUCCUCUCUGUAAUGUCCUGCAAACCUCGCGGUCCUCAGCAUUUCUCCUGUCCCCUCCUGCAUCUACUUCAUCCGGCCACGUCUUCGUCUAGAUGCCCCCAGGUUCUGCGAUCCAUCUCUCCAACCCUUUCCAACCUUCCCUGCCUCCAUUCACCAUGCUCGUGAGAACCUCAUGUUAACCCCCCUUACUGUCCACAGAUCCCCUCUUAUCAAAAACCUGUCGUUAUGUAUUUCAAUCCUAGAAAGAUUCUUCACGCCAAAGGUGCAGUUUGCAUCCAUGAUGUGAUGUGAUCUCUCUAGGAUGCUGCUGUGAGGUUGGUCAGUGCUGGUUUUAUGGCUUAGCUUCAACAGAGGUGAACUCCACCAAGAGUUACAAGACUGGCAGAUCUUUCUGGAUUUCUUUCAGAAGCUGCCAAAUGCUAACUCCCAAAAGAUUCCGACAGGAGUUUUCCGGUUAAAAUCUUUUCAACGAUAGGCGGGUGAAGACGAGGUAAGGUAAGUAAAUUUGCAGACUUGCAGUUUGUAUCUUCCUGCAGUCAGAGGAGCUAAGAGUUUCGGUCAAAGCCGAUGAAUGAAAUGCACCAUCUGAUGUUAGAUAGAGCUCUAAGGGCCAGCGGACUCAAGGGAUAUGGGGAGAAGGCAGGCACGGGUUACUGAUUGUGGAUGAUCAGCCAUGAUCACAAUGAAUGGCGGUGCUGGCUCGAAGGGCCAAAUGACCUCCUCCUGCACCAAUUUUCUAUGUUUCUGACAACACACAUUCAAACAAGCAGCUUGUUGGUGUUCUGACUUGGGUAUAUGUUCUACCAAACAGGCUGAUGGACACUUAACCCAGAGUGUCAGUGGUGUAACAUUGUACAGGGAGAAGCUGCUCUUGCAAUCCUUUUGUUCUUUAACACAUGUGGUUGACAGAUUAUUGGAAAUAGACGGGAUACAGUCAUUUUGCACAAUGUUCUUUCAUCUAUGGAGGCUUUGGAGGGUGGGGGUGGGUCACACUGUUAUAAUAUUCCUCUAUCCACCAUCGUAAUGCAUCUAUUGAAACAUUGGUUCACAGUGGUAUGAUAUUCCCCUAUCUGAAUGGGGUCACAGCUCAGUCACAAUACCACAAGAUCAGGAUAUCAUAACAAUAAAAUGCACGCAACAAAUCCAAUCAGCAGUUCAGCUUAGUUAAGAACAGAUCUGAUAAAGAUUCUAAGAUCCACCUCAAACAUCAAAAGCUCAAGUUCCUAUUCCUAUUGCCCAUUCGAUCUUGUCACAUUAUGUUUUUCUAUCUCAAAUCUUUGCAGUCUGGGCUCAUCACUCUGAGGCCUCGUGACUCCUAGAGGGUGUAGCAAAACCCAACACAUUAGCUGGGUUCAAUUUGUAAAUCUAUUGUUAAAUAAGAUUGAUAUCUGCUUAUAAAUUGUGCAUAUAUUUGAAAAAGAAAUAAUUUUCGGAGCUUUGGUUCAGCCCAGAAAUAAUGAACUCAUUUGAUAGCUUGUUAGAGUUGAUAUGAUAGCCUUUCUCUUGGUUCUUUCAUCUCCCCAAAAUCUGCUUUACACAGGAAAGGUGAACAUUUAGAAUUCCCACUCUCAAGACCUGGGGUUCAGAUUGUUUAGAUUUUUGUUAAGUAAGAAUAUUUAGGGAACCAAUGAGCACUUGGAGUGCAAAUGAAGAUCUAAUUUGAGGAACUCCUAACAGCCUGUUUCAGAGUUGGAACAAGAGGUGACAGAACGGUUACCAGCGAUGCAGACAGUUCACGGCCUUAAGGAUGAGCAAUUUAGUGGAAUAUUCGUUUUGGUGCUGAGUUUUUGCUCAUUUAAACAAGCUAAAGGUGUCCAUCGUAACCAGUUUAUUCUUCCGGGCUGAGUGGUAGUGAAGUUUUGGUUGCAAAGGUGGCACAAUGGGUGGCUACAGGAGAUUUG